UAUAUUUCAGGCCUGAUUCGGAGGAAGACUCUGAAAAUGAAGAUCCUGAAACUACUAGAGUAAACUGUUUUGGCUAUUCAGUUCCAUCAUCGUCAACAAAAGCAGUAAUCAAGGAGGAAAAGGAUCAACCGGAAGAAAUCGAGUGCAAAAAAUGUAAAAGGAUUUUAGAUGUUAUUGAAAAUGGAAACCAAUAUCAGAACAGAAAAAAAAAUAGAAAACAAUCAAGAAUCAAGUCCGCUAUUGUUGCGAAGAAGAACAAAUCUUAAGGUGAGUAAAAAUGUACCCAACAGUUUACAUGGAGAACAGGUUGCUGCUGGUUGGCCUAUUUGGCUUGUUUCUGUUGCUUCUGAGGCUAUAUAUGUCUGGACUCCUCGUGCAGCUCACACAUUUGAAAUGCUUCAUCAGAUUUCUCGGGGAGCCCGAAGCACCGAGUAUAAAGCUAAAGACACUUUGACCAGUAAAAUGGUGGCAUUAAAGAAGGUUCGAAUCGAUAGAUCAGAUUCCGUGAGUUUAAGAUCAAUGGCUAGACAGCUUAUAAUCAUGCGCCGGCUGGACAACCAUCCUAAUGUUAUAAAAUUAGAAGGUCUGGUAGUAUCUUCGAAGAAUAAGAAGUAUUAUGAAUUACACCUUGUGUUUGAGCAUACGGAACAUGAUUUAUCUGAACUCGCUAUUAGUGGAGGAACUAAGCUUACAGAGACUCAGGUGAAGCCGUAUAUGCUUCAAUUGUUAUCUGGACUUGAGCAUUGUCACAGCCUGGGAGUCUUACAUCGUAAUCUUAAUGGUUCAAAUCUCUUAUUUGACGACAAAGGAAUACUCAAAAUUUCUGGUUUUGGAUCAGCUUCAUUCUUUGAUCCUAACAAUAAGAAACCUAAGAGUAAUCGAGUAGCCAAUUUAUGGUAUAGAGCUCCGGAGCUUAUUUUGGGGGCUACAGACUACGGUGUAGGUAUUGACCUAUGGAGUGCUGGUUGCAUUCUUGGUGAAUUAUUGACUGGAGAACCAAUCAUGGCCGGGCGUACGCAAGCGGAUCAAUUGCACCAGAUUUUCAAGCUCUGUGGAUCCCCGUCAGAGACAUACUGGAGAACCUCAAACCUUCUGUACAAAAGCUUAUUUAUGCCCCAAUGUCCAUAUAAGCGGUGCAUAGUCAGGGGUCGGACUUUCCAAACUUGCUCACUAGCAUCGUUGCAAUUGAUCCAUUUGAGCGUCACACCACUACUGCUUUAUUGCGGAGUGAGUUUUUCACAGUCAAGCCAAGCUUGAAGCAUUCGGAAGCUUAACGUUUUACAUUGUUCAAAAGAAGUUACAGGUAUUAUGCUAGACAGCAAAACGAAGUCUCUUUAAAUGAUUAAAUUUGUUCGAGAUUUCUAUCCCAUGUUGUAUGCAAAUAAGCAAGGUUAUAUAUUUUUCUUGCAAUUUGUGUAACUAUAAACUUCAUUCUUUUAA